UCCUGGUUAAGAUGGCGACGCCCGGGGUCCUGCGGAGGGGCCGCGGAGGGUGCUGCCGCCCUAGGCGAGGUCGGGCCGCCCCGCGCGGAAGAACCGCCCCCAGCAGCACCCCAACCACCGCUUAGCUAAGAAUCCCAGGCCACGCCCGGGACAGCGGCCGCAGCAUGGAUUCUUCCAGUUCGUCUAGCUCUUGCUUCUCCGUCGGCUCCACGAGUCCCGGCGCUGUCGUGCUCCUCUACUCGAAGGAACUCAAAAAGUGGGAUCAGUUUGAAGAUGCUUUGGAGGAGAGGAGGCAUGUCAGUGACCUGAAAUUUGCCAUGAAAUGCUACACACCUCUUGUCUACAAGGGAAUUACUCCUUGCAAGCCAAGUGACAUUAAAUGUAGUGUUCUCAAUUCUGAAGAGAUUCAUUAUGUCAUUAAACAGUUUAUUGGGUAUCCACUGGGUAUCCACUUGGAGUGCUUCCAGAAGCACUCUGAAAGCAUUCAAGAUGUCUACCUCAAAGUCUUGGAUCCACCGCACCCCUGUACUCUUUCCAGGGAAUCCCUUCAAUCUGCUGAGGUCCUGCGAGAGGAAGCCUGUGGCAUCCUGGAUGAAAUGAACCACAAACUGCGUCUGGGAGCCAUUCGGUUCUGUGCCUUUGCCCUGAGCAAAAUCUUUAAACAAAUUUUCUCGAAAGUGUGUGUAAAUGAAGAAGGUAUUCAGAAACUACAGCGAGCCAUCCAGGAGCAUCCUGUUGUUCUGUUGCCCAGUCACCGAAGUUACAUUGACUUUCUGAUGCUGUCUUUUCUUUUAUACAACUACGACUUGCCUGUGCCGGUCAUAGCAGCAGGAAUGGACUUCCUAGGAAUGAAGAUGGUUGGUGAGCUGCUGCGAAUGUCGGGGGCGUUCUUCAUGCGGCGGACCUUCGGUGGCGAUCAGCUCUAUUGGGCGGUGUUCUCUGAAUAUGUGAAAACUAUGUUACGGAAUGGUUAUGCUCCUGUUGAAUUUUUCCUCGAAGGGACAAGAAGCCGCUCCGCCAAGACACUGACUCCAAAAUUUGGUCUUCUGAAUAUUGUGAUGGAACCGUUUUUUAAAAGAGAAGUUUUUGAUACCUACCUUGUUCCAAUCAGCAUCAGUUACGAUAGGAUAUUGGAAGAAACUCUGUAUGCUUAUGAGCUCCUAGGGGUUCCUAAGCCGAAAGAAUCUACAACUGGAUUGUUGAAAGCCAGGAGGAUUCUCUCUGAAAAGUUUGGAAACAUUCAUGUGUACUUCGGAGACCCUGUGUCACUUCGAUCUCUGGCAGCUGGGAGAAUGGGUCGGAGCCCGUAUAACUUGGUUCCAAGAUAUAUUCCUCAGAAACAGUCGGAGGACAUGCAUGCCUUUGUCACUGAAGUUGCCUACAAAAUGCAACUCCUGCAAAUUCAAAACCUGGUUCUGAGCCCGUGGCCACUAAUAGUUGCUGUUCUGCUUCAGAACCGGCCAUCCAUGGACUUUGAUGCCCUAUUGGAAAAGACUUUAUGGCUGAAAGGCUUAGCCCAGGCCUUCGGGGGGUUUCUCACUUGGCCUGAUAAUGAACUUGCUGAAGAAGUGGUCCAGUCCAGCCUUCUUCUGCAUUCCAACAUCGUCAGCCUCGUCAAAGACCGGGUGACUCUGAAAGUGGACUCUGGAGGCCCAGAAGUGGUCGAUGGGCUUGUCUUCCAGCACGUCACUCUGCUCGUGUGCUCGGCUUACAGGAACCAGCUGCUCAACGUUUUUGUCCGUCCUUCCUUAGUAGCUGUGGCAUUGCAGAUGACGCCUGGGUUCAGGAAAGAGGAUGUCUACAGUUGCUUUCGCUUCCUAUGCAAUGUUUUUUCAGAUGAGUUCAUCUUUCUUCCAGGAAAUGCGCUAAAGGACUUUGAAGAAGGCUGUUACCUGCUUUGUAAAAGUGAGGCCACACAGGUGACGACAAGGGACAUCCUAGUUACAGAAAAAGGAAAUACUGUGCUAGAGUUUUUAAUAGGACUCUUUAAACCUUUUGUGGAAUCUUACCAGAUAAUUUGCAAAUACCUCUUGAACGAAGAAGAAGGCUCCUUCACUGAGAAACAGUACUUGGUGAACGUUAGAAAAUUCACAGGUCAGCUUCUCCAUCAAGGUGCCUCACAGUGUUACGAUGUAUUAUCCUCCGAUGUACAAAAAAACGCCUUAGCAGCUUUUGUGAGGCUCGGUGUGGUGGAGAAGAAGAAGGUAAAUAAUGAUUAUAUAUUUACUGUGAAUGAACCUGCCACAACAAAGUUAGAAGAAAUGCUUGGUGGUAAGACACCAGUAGGAAAACCGGCAACUGCAAAGCUUUAAUGAUUGCCAAACGGUUACGGAAAAAUUGGUCAUAUAACUACUGUCAUCCAAGGACUCGUAUUACAACAAAGAGGGAAGCAAAGGAAGAGACCAUCUUCUCGUCCUUCAUAAGGCGUCAAGAACGGCGGGCUCAGUAGAGAGGAAGAGUGACCAAUUUAAGCAAUCCGUGAAAUCUCCACGUUGGUUAAAAAGGCAUUUGUGUCCAACUCCGUGUGUGUUUUAAAAUAAAACAGGCUUUCGGAAACAUGUUUGGAAAAACAAAA